AUGCCUUCUACCUCAUCUCAAAAGUCUACUAAUUCUUCAAUCAUUGAUCCUGGUGAUCAACCAGUUAACAAAGUUCACAUCACCGGAGAUGGUGGUGAAUUUGUCAUCAUCAACAACCACAAGUACUAUAGACAUGACUUGAUGGCUGCUUUCGGUGGUACCUUGAAUCCAGGUGCUGCACCAUGGCCAAAAAUCAAUAUUAACCCUGCUCCUCUUGGUUUGUGUGGUUUUGCUUUAACUACUUUUGUCUUGUCACUUUAUAAUGCUCGUGCUGAAGGUAUUACAAUUCCAAAUGUUGUUGUUUCCCUUGCUUGUUUCUAUGGUGGUGCUGCUCAAUUUUUCGCUGGUAUGUGGGAAUUCAUUGCUGGUAACACUUUUGGUGUAACUGCUUUGACUUCUUAUGGUGCUUUCUGGUUAAGUUAUGCUGCUAUUUUGAUUGACAAUUUUGGUAUUUUGGCUGCUUAUGAAGGUAAUGAAGAACAAAUUCCAAGUGCUAUUGGUUUCUUUCUUCUUGGAUGGACUAUUUUCACUUUUAUGUUGUGGUUAAACACUAUGAAAUCUACCCUUUCUUUCAGUGCUUUGUUCUUCUUUUUGUUUGUUACUUUUAUUUUCUUGGCUGCUGGUGAAUUGAGUGGUAAAGUUGGUGUCACUAGAGCUGGUGGUGUUUUGGGUGUUAUUACUGCUUUCAUUGCUUGGUAUAAUGCUUUGGCCGGUACUGCCAACUCUUCCAACUCAUACUUCCAACCAUACUCUAUUCCAUUACCAGGAAAUGUUAUGCUCAAGGAAUAA